AUGGCGGCGCCACACAGCUCUUGCACCACUGCACUCCCCCCUCCUCCCCCCCUCCUCCCUCCCUUCCUCCUCCCUCCCUUCCUCCCACCCCUACACCCCAGCACAGGCGCUUGCCCCCAGGGCGCAGGCGCACUUACUACUGAGGCACUAUCACCUCCCUUCCGCGUGCCCGGCUCUCUGCUACGGCUCACUGACUACCACCGCAGCACGAUGAAGCCACGAGAGUACAUUCAUGCGAGAAGUGGGAGACGAGGUGACGAGGGAGGCAUGACGGUGAAGAAGAGUGAGGUACCAGAAGUCGUUCACGAGCAGCCAACGCAUCGGAAGGUUCUUUUCAGUGUGGCAUGUCGCAGGCUGCGCCUGGCCGGCUCUGGCAGCAGGAGCUCUCACCUCUGCCCUACUGCCAGCAGCAGCAGCAGCAGCAGCAGCGGCAGCAGCAGCGGUGGAGCGGGGUAUGGGCCGGUGUACCUGCUACAGAGUUGCAUCAACGAUGUUAUUUUCAUCUUCCACGAGGCUCGGAACGCACCCAAGGUCCGGGAGCACUGUCGGGAGUGGCUGGCGGCUCAAGGCGCUGCGAAUGACAAUGUGGAACCGCACUCACAGGCGAACUUGCUCCCUCACACUCAUGCUUGGCCCCUUGGGCACGGGGCACAACCAUCACAUUCCCUGCGCUAG